AUGAGGCUCAAGUACAGUGGAGCUGCAUCCAACUUGAGAGAACUGGAGGAACUAGGAUGCACUGUUAUGCACGGAGUAAAUGCACAUACCAUGAACAGUCAUCCUCUUCUCACCCAUAAACUGUUUGACAGGAUAGUCUAUAAUUUUCCUCAUGCAGCUCUCAAAAGGAGUGAAGCAAACAUUCGCCAAAUUGAAAGUCAUCGAAGGUUGGUGAAGGGCUUCUUUAAGAGUGCAAGUGACAUGAUGGAAGAGAAUGGAGAAGUUCAUGUGACUCACAAGACUACAGAUCCAUAUAGCAAGUGGGAAAUUGAGAAACUAUCAGAAGAAGCUGGGCUGUUCCUGGUUGAAAAAGUAAAGUUCAGAAAAUCUGAUUACCCAGGAUAUGAAAAUAAAAGAGGAUCUGGGUCUAGAGCUGAUGAGAGUUUUCCUCCUGGAAACUGCUGUACCUUCAAAUUUGGAAAGAGUACCAGUCUUUGA